AUGAGAAGGCGCAAGAGUCCUGAUCCCCACCAACCAGCCUCUCAGGUGACCAUUUCUGGGCCUGGGACAGGAACCACUGUGCCCCUGGCUGCCCCCUCUCCUGUCACCCUCACCGCAUUCAACCCACAGAGGCCCCCAUCUGAGGUUGGUGUGACCUUUGAGGAUGUUGCUGUGCGCUUCUCUAAGGAGGAAUGGUGCCUCCUUGAUGAGGUUCAGAGACACCUGUUCCUGGAAGUGAUGCUGGAGAACUUUGAACUCACAUCCUCUCUAGGUUGCUGCUGUGGAGCAGAGGAUGUGGAGGUACCUACUGAAGAGCUUAUUUCUGUGAGAGUGUCGCAGGCAAAGAACCCCAAGGUAGCUUUAUCCUCCCAGAAGAGCCAUCCCUGUGAGAGUUGUGGGCGAGUCCUGAAAGACAUCUUUUACUUGUUUGAACAGCAGGGAACACCACAUAGCCUGAAACUGUUGAGGUGUGGAGCAUGUGCAAAGCAGUUUUAUUUCAGCAAGAAAACCAUUGGCUGCAACCAGUUGCUUGCUCAGGACCAUAGUGUCCAUAAUGGAAUACAGUGUCUUGUGUGCCGUGAAUGUGAGAAGUCUUUUACAAAAAUCUCUGACCUCCAUUAUCAUCAGAAAUAUCACACAGGAGAAAGGCCAUACAAGUGCAGUGAAUGUGGGAGAUGCUAUAGAAAACACUCCACACUCAUUCAACACCAGCAAGUUCAUUCUAUAGAAAAGUGUCAUGAGUGUGCUGAAUGUGGGAAAUUCUUUAUCCACAGGGGAGCCCUUGUGCAACACCAGAGAGUUCACACUGGAGAAAAGCCAUAUAAAUGUGAUGAGUGUGGAAAAUCCUUUAGUCAAUCUUCAACCCUCGUUGAACACCAGAGAGUUCACACUGGAGAAAAGCCAUAUGAGUGUGUUGAAUGUGGGAAAUAUUUUGCCACAAUCUCUAGACUUUAUGGCCAUCAGAGACUUCACACUGGAGAAAGGCCUUAUGAGUGCAGUCAGUGUGGAAAAUCUUUUACCAGAAGCUGUAAUUUGCGUCGUCAUCAGAAAUGUCACAGCGGAGAAAAACACGAAUGCAGUCAGUGUGGGAAAUCUUUUACCGAUAUGGGAAACCUCUGUCGUCAUCAGAGACUUCACAAUGGAGAAAGGACUUAUGAGUGCAAUCAGGGUGGGAAAUCUUUUGCCGAUAGCAGAAACCUCCGUCAUCAUCAGAGGGUUCACACUGGAGAAAGGGCUUACAAGUGCACUCAGUCGGAAACCUCCGUUGUCAUCAGAGACUUCACACUGUAG